UUACUUGGGAGCGCACGCGAGAGGGCGGAGAUGAGCGAGGGUUGGUGUUGCGGACGAUCUUUGGCGCUCUUCGCUCUGGUCAUCCUCCUCCCGAUCUGGAUCGCCCGUGGCUUCCAGUCCGACGAGUUGCUGCAGGACGACGAGGAGUUCGGGCUCGAGGGUGGCCGGCCGGCCGCCGGCCCCAAGCCCUCGACGAACCCAGUCCGGUCGCCGAUCCGCCGGAGACCCGAUCUUGACCCGCCAUCCGGCUCUGCGGACUCGAAUUCGGUACAAUUCUCCCUGGAGCACAACCUUGGAGGUUCUGAAUUCUCGCCUGCAGGAACUUUCACGGCCCGCCUUAAAUCUUGGAGCCAUGGAGGACAGACUCUAACAAAGCUUCGGUUCUCGAGGAAUGCGCUUACGGAAGGAGAAAAGCGAGCUUUUGAAAGGCUACUGAAAGAAGACGGUCAUUAUACGAUCAGAGUACCAUCGAAUGUGUUGAAUCCUUCCGGAGAAGAUUAUGUUAUUUCAUCAGUCAGAGCUCGCUGCAUUCCCCGGGAGAGUUUGGAUGAACACUUUGUUAUUCAUACGGAUGGUGUGAACAUCAUUGCAGUUAAUUAUGGUUCUGCUGGAGCAUGCCGAUAUCCUCGAUUACUGAGAUACCCUGCAAAAUGGUCAUUCACAUCCUAUACGGUCCUGAAGAAUAGUGAGCAAGCUCCAAGAACUCCAACAUUUGCCGAAGAAUUGCUUGCCGGGGAGGAUGGACUUGGUGAAGGUGUGAAGCCACCUGAAAAAUCUUUUUGGGCUAAAUAUUGGAUGUAUUUAGUUCCUCUUGGCUUCAUCGUGAUGAAUGCCAUGACACAAGCCAUGAACAUGCCAGAGGAACAACAAGUUGCUGGGCAAUCUACUUCUCAAGGGCAAGUGGCACAGCGGGCACCAACUACUACUACUACUACUACUACUACUACUACUGUGAGGAGAAGAUAGGUUGGAGGAACAAGACACCUUACAAUAGAUUAUGUUUUCAGGUUUUCUUAUUGCAAGAAUGCUGCCCAUGUCAAGAAUAGAUUAAACAUGUUUAAUAUGGAAUUCUUCAAAUCAA